CGCAGGGUGGGUGAGGGCAGGGCGGCCCGUCCGCGGCCCGCGCCGGUCCCCUCAGCGCCGGUGUCCGUCCGUCCCUUCCUCCCUUCCUCCCUCCCUGCCCGCCGAGCCUCCGCCGGCCCUCCGGAGCCAUGGAGCUGGGGCGGGCGGGCCUGGCCUGGGCCGCCGCCCUGCUGCUAGCGGCCCUAGGAGCGCAGGCCGCGGCGGGGGAUUUCGACCCGUACCGCGUCCUGGGGGUCGGCCGGAGCUCCAGCCAGGCCGACAUCAAGAAGGCCUACAAGCGGCUCGCCCGGGAAUGGCAUCCUGACAAAAACAAGGACCCGGGAGCAGAAGACAAAUUCAUCCAGAUUAGCAAGGCCUACGAGAUUCUCUCCAACGAGGAAAAGAGGGCAAACUUUGAUCGCUACGGAGAUGCUGGGGAAAGCCAGGGCUACUCUCAGCACCAGCAUCGCCAGUUCCACCACUUCCACGAAGGCUUCUAUUUUGACGAGUCCUUCUUCCAUUUCCCCUUUAAUUCGGAGAGGCACGACACCUCCGAUGAGAAGUAUUUGCUCCAUUUUUCCCACUACGUCAAUGAAAUCGUGCCAGACAGUUUCAAGAAACCUUACCUCAUUAAAAUAACCUCGGACUGGUGUUUCAGCUGCAUCCACAUCGAGCCCGUGUGGAAGGAAGUCGCUCAGGAAUUGGAGGCACUGGGAGUGGGAAUCGGAGUCAUUCACGCUGGGUAUGAAAGGCGCCUCACCCAUCACCUAGGUGCACACAGCACACCGUCCCUGCUAGGGCUCAUCAACGGGAAAAUCACCUUCUUCCACAACGCUGUCAUUCGAGAAAACCUGCGGCAAUUCGUGGAGAACCUGCUGCCGGGGAAUCUCGUAGAAAAGAUUACAGAUAAAAACUAUGUCCGCUUUCUCUCCAACUGGAAGAAAGAAAACAAGCCCCACGUCCUUCUCUUUGAUCAUAUGCCAGUUGUGCCAUUAUUAUACAAGCUGACUGCCUUCGCGUACCGCGAUUACUUGUCCUUUGGCUACGUGUACGUCGGACUCCGAGGCGCUGAAGAGUUGUCCAGUCAGUACAACAUCAAUGUCUACACUCCCACCAUGAUGAUCUUCAAGGAGCACAUUGACAGGCCCGCUGACGUUGUGCAGGCACGAGACAUGAAGAAGCAGCUCAUCGAUGACUUCCUCUCCCAGAACAAGUUCCUCAUGGUGGCCAGACUCACCAACCAGAGGCUGUUCCAGGAGCUGUGUCCAGUGAAGAAAUCUCACCGUCAGCGAAAGCACUGUGUGGUCUUACUUACCGGAGAAGGCGAAAAGUUCACUGAGGCUUACGAGGCGUUUCUGACUUUUGCCGUGGCCAACACAAAAGACACGCUGAAGUUUGUGCACAUCUAUAACGAUCGGCAGCCGGAGUUUGCGGACGCCUUGCUGAUGGAUGACGAGAAGUAUCGGGGAAAAUCAGCUGUGGUCAUUUUGGAGAGGCGCAACAACGCAGGGAAGAUCUCCUAUAAAACCUUGGAGGAGGCCUGGCAAGGCAGCAAGGAGGACAACUUCAUCCUCCUAGAUCUUCUGGACCAGCUGAGGACAGACCCCGGCCUUCUCUCUUCAGAGACUGUCCUGGCAGACUUGAACGACGAACUCGCUCCCAUGUUCCUCAUCCGAUGGCUCUACUCUGCGCUGGACUACAUCUUGGACUGCUGGGACAGUUUGUUUCACAGUAACUGGCGAGAAAUGAUGCCGCUGCUGUCCUUGCUCUUCUCUGCGCUCUUCAUUCUCUUUGGCACCGUUAUUGUUCAGGCUUUCAGCGAUUCCAGCGAUGCGAGGGACUCUCCUGCCUCCGAGAAGGAAGAAACUGCCGCGAAGACUGAGAAGAACGACACAAGCUUCAGCAAAGAGAGUAACAGGAUUCCCAAAAAGGGCUUCGUCGAGGUGACCGAGCUGACGGACAUCAACUAUAACAGCAACUUGGUACGCCUGAGGCCAGGACACAUGAACGUCGUCUUGAUCCUGUCCAACUCGACCAAAACACUCCUCCUCCAAAAGUUUGCCCUGGAAGUCUACACAUUCACAGGGAGCAGCUCUCUUCAUUUCUCCUUCCUCAGCCUGGACAAGCACCGAGAAUGGCUCGAGUACCUGUUAGAGUUCGCGCAGGAUGCGGCCCCCAUCCCGAACCAGUAUGACAAGCAUUUCCUCGAGCGCGACUACACAGGCUACGUCCUGGCUCUGAACGGCCACAAGAAAUACUUCUGCCUCUUUAAGCCUCACAGAUCGGGCGAUGAGGGGGGAACCCUGGCAUCGGGCGAGGACUAUGAUUCCUCACUACACAUGGAAGCCAGAGGGAAAUCCUCCUGCAGCCCGGGAUCUAGAUCCAUUAAAAACAAAUUACACAAAUUGUCCUUCUGGAUGGAACGCCUCCUAGAGGGUUCCUUACAGAGAUUCUAUAUCCCCUCGUGGCCCGCACUAGACUGAGGGUUUUUAAAGGGAUUCUAACAACGGACAAACUUUUUAUGAAGAUGACAAGGGACAGCUCUUUCCAGGAACACACAAACAAGCGUGACGAAUGGACCUUAGGUUUUAGAUGAACUUUCCCUAGGGCCGGCGACUAGACAAUACCUCCCUGUGCCCGGAGCCCGGGAGCGCAGCCAAACGCGCCGAAAUUCCCUCCGCCAACUCCUUUGUGCGUUUGGAUGCCGUACUACUGAAGAGCCAAGAAGUCCGUUUUUUUUCCCUUCUUGCCCUGCCGCAUCCGCUUCCCGAGUUGCCCCCUCCCCGUUCCAUCUCUCCUUUUACCCCAGUUUGAAGAAAAACCCUGUGACUCCUCUGCCGCGGUGACUCCAGCCAGCCCAAACGCGGCCGGUGACGCAGGUCGGGUCGUGGUUCUCUCUCCCCUUCCCCCUGUGCUUAGCCCGUGGUGCAUGGUGUAACACUGGCAAGACCCUGCGGACCCUCCCAGGCCCUGCCCUUCCGAAAGGCCUCCUCCCACAAGGCGGUUGUGCUUAUCGGCUUUCCCCAGGGUAAGUGAUCUAGAGUACGGGCGGGAGCGUCUCCCUCGUAGCGAACCUGUAGCUGGGACUCACCUGUGGUGCGGGCUAGUAGGUGAUCUGCAUGUUUCAUGCUCCUCCUGUCAUAGUUCCACAUGCAGCUUCCCCAGCUAAACCACAACCAGGGAGGGAAGGGGGUUUUUGCACGGCCGUAAAUACUAUCGAGGUGUUGAGCCAUUUAAAUGUCACAUUGAUUUUUUUUUUUCAGAUGCCUUUCUGCUUCUGUCGAUUUUAGACGAUGUAUCCUAGAGCCAUAACUUUGUGUCCUCAGAUUGUAGGCGUGAGCUGCUACGAGCCAGUAGAUGCGUAAAAGAAACUCUACCUAGCUGCUAGGGAGUCAGUCUGGGCUCCUCUCAAACACCCUUACGUCUGUAGUACAAACCAACCUUUCUUUGUAUCAAGGAACCUAAUUCUUCAACGAUUGUAUUCUUGAAAUGUUGCCCCAGAAGUGCUGUGUCGUCAGACCGUCGCUUACGCGUGAAACUCCCGUUGGUUUAGGCGUCGGUUUCAGAUGCUUGGUUUCAGCUUCCUGCCUGUUUCCUUCUUGCCACAAACCUUUGUUUCUCAACAUGCAGGCUCCUGCCUCGGUUUUUUUGUUUGUUUGCAUUGGUUUGGGGUUUUUUUUUUGUCUUUUUGAGCUUGCGGGUCCAUGCGAAGCUAGAACAGUCGUAAAGUGCAGGGUUUGGUUUAAGCUUUGCUCUAGCCGUGCUCCGACAGCCACUUGAAACGCCACGGGGGAAGCGGGCCGCCCUUUGUAAGGCGGAGGGAAGGCGAGCGGCCAGAAAGCAAAGCGGCAGGGUUUCUUUUCGCGGCCAGGACUGAAAUCCUGUGGGGCUUGUUCUUCCUUUUCGCUGCUCCGGGGCAGACACCGUUGCCUGGGCCGGUACUCGCUGCGCCUCUGCCAGCCGCUCUGCACUGUCCCCAAGCCCCCACAGUACCAAGUCGCUGCUGGCUACGGUGCCCCCAAAGCAUGGGGUGGCUUUUGCCCUUGGGCUCCGAACCCGACAGCAGAGCGCUUGGUCAAGCACGUGGUGCUAAUUCAAAGCUCGCUCGGCCCUUGCCGCCUUAGUUACCAUCUGAGCGGAGCAGCCAGUUAGUGGGAAUAACUAUGCCAGUCUCUGAGCUAGCUGCCGAUCUCAGACAAAAUCCGGGAAUGCUCAAGUCAUUUUACUGCCUGCGUGACCCAAUUGCUCACAAACCCUUGGCUUGCUGCAUUCCUCAUUCCUCCCCUCCCUGGGAGCAGACUGGCAUGCUCUGACCACCGCAGGCAUCUCAAACACCCUGUAUAACGUACUUCCAAAUAAAGGCUACGCUGCUACCAACCGACCUUACAUGAGGCUGCUUAAUUUUAGCUCAGCAGACUCCGAGCUUGUGCUGCUGCACGAAUGAGGCGCUAAAGUAGAAGGAAGGAAGGAGGGAGAGCAAGGUCUUCUCCCUGCCAAAGAGCUCCAAGGCACAUGCGUACUGCUGAAACACAGCGUGAAUGCUGGCCUGACGCUGCUAGGGCUUCAUUUUCACUUGGCUGGAGCAAUUGCUGUCGUGCUCUUGUGCUUUUCCCACAGCUUGCUGUGCGGGAUGUGGCUAGAGUAAGGUUGCAGCCCGGUGGAGGGCUCCGCACAACUUUUUAAAUGUUCGCCAGGGCAAAAAAGAAUACUCCCUGGCUCUCUGCUGUCUCUCCAGCUAGUCAGAAACCAGGAGAAAACCCUUGACGUGAAAAGAAAAAGUGCCUAGUUGUCCUACAGCAAGGGAAUUCAGCCCUGCCCCGAGUAAGAAAGUAAGGCCUGACGGCCUCCAAAAUAGAGUUCACGUGCUGCACGCCUGCUGGAAUCCUCUUUUUAUUUUCUUUUUAGCACGGGUAACCUGCCCUUUUAGACCGAGUUCUGUUUAAGGAGCGCUUGCAGCAGUCCACCCUGGCUGGCUGUGGCUGGACGGGAGCGUGGUGCCUGUUCCGCUGUAACUCUGCCCUUCGCCGCUUUUAACCAGGUCAGGCUAGCUCGGCUCGUGUCGCUGUUUUAUGGGAAAACUUCUUUCGUGGGCUGAAGCAAAUGCCAAACUGUGCUAAACCCCUCGCCUAGUUUAUUGUCUGUCACGGAGCACUGGGCCCUUGUUUUCUUGUAGAAGAGCACGGUCAGAGGCUGCUUACGCCCAAGAGCCGUCCACCCUCUCCCAGCAGUUGCAAGCCGUCACCCCCCGAUAAUUUUCUAACCCAUAUCGUAACGUUAUCACCAGCGAAACGCACUCGUGAUUCAGUUCUGCGCGUGGUGGUUCGUAAUCCAAAGAUUGAGGAAAUUCAGUCCUAGUGCGUUAUUCUAGCAAAACUCAAGCAAUCGCACGCUGCUCAGAUGCUGAAGCAAAGGGAUCCAGGCCCCCCAUGUCUACAGGUUGUACCAAAACUCCUCUGCCGUUCACCGAAAGCCUGCCAGGAACCAGUACCCUAACGCAGCCUGAGAAGUAGGACUGAAAACUAGGAACAUAUUUUGCACUUUUGAUACUGGGGCUGGGGGGGAAACUAACUUAUUUGGCAAACUUGUCUUUUUUAUUUUUGGUUUUGGGUUUUUUUUUGUUUUGUUUUGUUUUUUUUUUGUAUUUGUGAACAGGCACUGAUGUCAUUUUGUUUUAAGAUGAUGACAGAUUCGCAACCAAAAUAAACUAUUUUAAUGUGCGA